CCAAAGUAAAAGAUUACCGUAUACAACAAAAGACCCCCUCAAACAUCAAUUUAGGCGUUCCUAAAUUCGAACCCUAGCUAGGGUUUUCAAUUUCAUCGUCUACAUCUGCAUCUGCAGAUCACCUACGAUUCACUUUCAUUCAACCUUCUUCUCACAAUCAGAGACAUGUACGGAUCCAGGGGGGGAAUGUAUGGGAGCGGGGGGGUAUCAGAUGGUUACGAGGUGGGCUCAAAGAGACGAAGAAUGAUGGACUCAAAUCCCUACUUCGCAGUUGGUUCAAGCGGCGGCUACAACCCAUACGACCACACCGGUGGAUAUCCGCCUGCUGCAUUUCCAGUGGUCCGCCUGCGUGGUCUGCCAUUCAACUGCACCGAUGUUGAUAUCUUCAAGUUUUUCACUGGGCUCGAGAUAGUUGACUUGCUGCUGGUCAACAAAGGUGGAAAGUUUUCCGGUGACGCUUUUGUAGUCUUCUCACGACCCAUUCAGGCGGAUCUUGCCGUCCAGAAAAACCGCCAAAACAUGGGGCGGAGGUACGUUGAGGUUUUCAAGUGCAAAAAACAGGAGUAUUACUAUGCGGUGGCGGCUGAGCUCGGAUACGAGGGCGGUUAUUAUGAUUACGAUUAUCGUGGGAGUCCGCCAUCUUCUCGGUCAAAGAAAGUCAGAGACAAGGAUCGUAUGGAGUACACUGAGAUAUUGAAGUUGAGAGGGCUCCCGUUCAACGUCGUGAAAGCUGAUAUUGUUGAGUUUUUUAAAGGUUAUAAUGUUGCAGAUGACAAAGUACACAUUGCUUGUAGACCAGAUGGGAAAGUGACAGGGGAGGCGUAUGUGACGUUUGAAUCUGUUGAGGUGGCAAAGCAAGCGAUGUCGAAAGAUAGGUACAUGAUCGGGUCACGCUAUGUGGAGUUGUUUCCUUCGACUCCAGAUGAAGCCAGGCGAGCUGAGUCUAGAUCUAGACAGUAAUGACAGCUGGCGUGUUUGUUCUAGAUUUUGAGUAUGCUGUUUCUUAUUUUGGUUUAUUCUGAUUUGUUCAUCAUGCAUGUGAUGAUAUGAUCAUGAAUUAUGCUGUAUUUGGGUAAUCACUAGACCUUUUGUAUUACUGGGCAACAUUUGGUUAAUGUGCUUGUUUACUUUCCCAAAGCUAGGUAUCUAUUCUCUGGUA